AGAUAUUUCUAGUGCAUAAACGUAAUGAACGUUGGCAGCACGCAAACAGCUGAUGCAGAAUUUUGUUAACAAUUUUCAGCGAAAAUGAUGAAGGACUACUACACCUGGACUUACCCGGAUAUACCCGAAAAUGUGUCACAGGAGCUGCGGCAACUGAAGAGCUCGCUAGUUGUGGUCGGAAUCGUUGGCCGGUCGAAAUGCGACCAGGCCAACAAGAUGCAGGCCUUCGGCAUGGAACCGCCCAUAGAGCACAAAGCGAAGGAGGGCCAGGUGCAGUGUUACUACAAGCUGGGCACCUCCAGCCUGUUGCUGCACUUCGAAACCACCUACGACGAGGCAAUUCUGGGCCAGAUGAUAGAUGUAUGCAUGGAGGAUGUGGAGACUCCCUUCGACUUCGACAGUUUCUACGAGAGGAUGCGAUGCCGCUUCGUGCGCAUGAUGCUGCUGGCCCUGCAUGCCUGCCACAUUGUGGUCUACGUGGAAACUGGGCAGACAUUCGACCCGACGCUGGUCACCGUGUUCCAGUUGCUUAAGUUCGCCAGGGAACAGCAUUUGAUGCAGUUCCUGCCACAAAUGCUUAGGGAAACGCCUUCCGCCAGGAUGAGCGAAAGGGCACGACUGUGCGCGCCUAGGAUUCUUUUCCUAUUCGAGAACUUUCCCCGUGACGAGCCCAAGACUCGCGAAUGCGUCUCUGCCUACGAGUUCCAGACGGAGGACUGCAUCUACGAACUUUUGCGUCACCACAACAUCGUGACCAAUAGCAGCAGCAGUUCGCUCGUGGCACUUCCCAACAACAAACAAUUCGUCUUCUUUAACGCACACGAACAGUUGCAUGAGGACAAGCUGCUAAAGGCCAUCGAUUGCCUCAAUCAGGCAAUGUACAAGCCAGAUGCUAAAGAGGAGGAGGAAGACCUAGAGAUUUUGGAGUUGGCUCCCUUCGAAGGCUUCGUCAAGCCCUAUAACUUGCCGGUCGAUGACAAGGAGUUGGAGAAGCAGCAGUACAAGCAGGACCACACCGUAUGGCACUUUCUGCAGCGACACGUUCAGGACGCCUUGUUGGGCUGCUUCGAUGAGGGCUCCUUCAAGCAGCACUCACAGCAGGGGCAGUUCCAGCUCCUUAAUAUCCACGAGUGGCACAAUUACAUGGCCACGCUGCACAAGUUGCUGGUGGAGAACGCAAAGGAUCCCAACCAAGAAACCAGCAAUGAGGAUUAUAAACUCUUCCUGAAAAGCUUCGACGAGAGCUUGAACUAUGAGAAAAAGUUUUGGGCUCACCUCUGCGAACUGGGCCUGAAGAAGGGCAUCGCCGCCUACAAGAACGCUGCACCCGCGAACUAUGGCAACUCCACGCACCGACAACUUCUGGCGGAUGCCACCGUUGCCUUCGAGGAGGAAGGUCGCGGCCCACAGGCGAAGGCGGCACUGGCGAAGAUGGCAGCCAUAUGCCAGAAGCACUGGCAGGAUGGACGUCAGCAGUGCGAGCAGCUUAGCCUGCGAUCCCAUCCCUGCACACUGCCCAAAAACCUGCCGCACGAGAAGCACAACAGCGGAGUGAUCCACAUCUCCAGCUGCAACUGCGGUCGCACUCAGGGCCGCCGAGAGGAUCCGUUCAACCUGCGACAAGCGAACUACGAGUUCUACGAGCACAUCGCCCAAAUGUGCAACCUAUGCGUUAAGGUCAAGCAGUACCAACUGCCAAUUUUCGAGCCCUCGGUGAGUGAUUACCGUGCGGCGGCCUUUGAAGCUGCGUUUCCUCUGCUCCACACGGGAAAAAGUGGUGCGCCGCAAGACGAAGACGGCGAGGAAGACGCGGAGGACGAGGAGGGUCAGGAGCAACAGCAGCCGGCGGAGGAGCAGAGACAGAACACCGCCAGCAACGGCUGCUCACAGCCCCUCUCGCCCACCUUUGGCUCCGAUUUGAACAUGUCCAUUGCCGGAUUUGGAGCCUCGCUGAACGAGUCACAAGCUAGUUCUGAGCAGCUAUCCAAUUCCGAGCAAAAUUCCACGAGCAGUGGCACCUCCAGCGCCGAUACGGAGAACGAACUUGUGGUUGAGCUCCAGGAGCUCCAUGCCAAGAAGGAGGCUCGCGAUGACGCCGGCCCAGCCGAUGCCUUCUCCACCUCCACCACGGAGUAUCUGCCGGGCUUGGUGCACACUGUCAGCAACUUUGGCCUGCUGCCGCUCUUCCCAAGCUGGUCGCUGGCCUGUGUGGGUCCCAGUUCCAUUUACAGCCACAACACCGGGCUGCAGGAGCACUUCCAGAGCGGCUUCUUGUCCGGCGCCAAUUUCCUGCUGCCCUGGGACGUCCAAUUGCGGCUAGUCCAUGCUCCCAAGCAGCAACACCACACGCACCAUCAGCAACAGCAUCUUGGAAAGAAGCAGCAGCGCUGGAAAAAGCAAGGCGAUCGGCUGUCUCUCAAAAUAUUCGUGGGCAUGGAGUACGAGUGCUCCCGCGGACAUCGGUUCAUGAUGUGUGCCCCGGAUCGGGUGUUGCGCGGUGGAGCAGACAUCGAGCGGGAGACCUGCAGCAAGGUUGUGCACAACAACAUGCCGCUCUACUAUCCCUGUCCCUGCCGGUCCCAGACGAGCUAUCUAGCGCAGCUGAUGCGCAUCCAUGUGGUGACGCCCAAGGCGCCGGUCAACAUCAUUGUCGAUCCCAAGGUGUGCGUAGGCAAAGGAAAGUACACCUUCACCUUGGGCAGCAUAGUGCCCCCGCGCCUGUCGCAGAGCGCCUAUUGGAUCAUCCGGCUGCCCUACGUCUACCAGGGAGACGAUGUCCUCAUCGCUCCGCCCGAGAAACUGGAACCGGACGAUCCGCUGGCCGGUGGCUAUCUCCUGCCUGGAAUGUUCGGCGUGGCGGAGACGGAUCCAACGCUGGAUCUGAAUGAGCCAGGCAGGAUGGGAGCUUCUGCAGCGGGAAAUUUCACUAGGAUCUAAAAAUGUUUGUUAUAUCAAGUCAACAAAGAUAAAUACAAUGUACUUUACUAAGAGUAUUGAAACCA